ACCCCCCGAGCCCCCACCCCGGCCCCGGCCCGGGCCCGCGCCCGGACCCCCCAGCCUCCCCGCCAGCACCGGGCCCGCGGGGAGGCCGCCGGAGCUCGGAUCACUGCGACGCCCGAGCCUCGCGCCCGGGCCGGAGCCGGAUCCCGGGCCGGGAUCACCGCCGGUACUACCACGAGCGGUGGCGCGCCGAGUACCUGAUGGAGUUCAAUGCGGCGCGGCACGGGAUGCUCUGCCUCGUGUGCGGCAGCGCCCUCGCCACCCUCAAGCUCAGCACCAUCAAACGCCACAUCCGGCAGAAGCAUCCCUAUUCCGGAGCCUGGGGACCCCGCGAGAAGCAGCUUGUGCUCCGCUCCUGGGAGGCACAUUUGGGGGUUCACCCCCAUCCUGAGGGACCCCCCCGAGGCGCUGGGACAGCCCCCCGCUCCCGCCCCAGCGCUUCCAAAGCCCCCUCCGGCGGUGCCCGGGUCCCCUCCGCGGGCACCGGGGACUCGCUCCGGGGGUGGCUCCGGGCCGAGCUGCUCCUGGACCUGGAGGCGGGGGGCAGGCGCCUGCGUUGCCUCCUGUGCGCCCGGGCCCUGCCCUCACUGCACCUCGGGGACAUCCGGCGCCACGUCCUGGCCGCGCACCCCGGAGCCCUGCGGCAGCGCCGAGUGCCAGCGGCACUGCAGCCCCCCAGCCCUGAGCAGGAGGAAGGAGCCGCUGCUGAGGAAGAGGAAGGAGGUGCAAGGGGGGGCUGUGGCCACCGGGGGCCCCCCCUCUUGUCCCUGCACCCAGGGGCCACCCCUGCCUGCAGCACCUGAGAGCCUGGGGCAGGGACACUGGGGGGGAGGUGGCACUGAG